AUGACACAGGAAGGUGUCACGUGUCUGACGCUGCUGCUGCUGUUGUCUGUAUCGCUUUCAUUCGCCCGGGGUGAGAUCAACUGCUACAAGUGCUCGUCCCGAAACGGUACGAACCCGGCCUGCCACGACCCAUUCUCCCCGGCCAUGUCCACGUACGUGCGCGCCUGCAAGGUGCCGAAGCAGAAGCACGUGGGCGAGUUCCCAGCCAACUUCUGCGUAAAGCUGACCGGCACGUCAACGCGGACCGGGGAGGUCCUCGUCAUUCGCAACUGCGUGCUGAAGAACAUGGAGUCGCAGUGUGGGGCUUUCAAGUUCGCCAACGAGACUCUCCAUGGCUGUGUGCUGACCUGCAACUACGAUGGCUGCAACGGCGCCACCUCACAGACCGUUUGCGCACUUACGCUUCUGCUCACGCUCGCCGCAGCGCUCUGGGGCGUCGGGUGAAGUCCGGAUAAUCUGACCGUGUGUGUGUUGCUUUGGUUCGUCAUUUGGAGCCCGCUGGCCGACUGCGGUGGCCUGUGUAUGGGGUCUGCUGACGGGGCUCGCAUGCCCAUGCUCUAGCACGUGCGGUACGAGCAUCUUUUGCUGCCGCCCAGCACGCUCCGGUAUUUUUAGACGGACUCGCGUGAAAUAACAAGCGUGGACGUACUGUCAGUAGGCAGUAGGCACCAGCUAAACGUCUUAGUAGACGCUUAAUUUUGUUAAAGAUUUCCCUUAACAUAACAUAGAGUUGUACUGCAACCUUAUUCUCUGGGUGGGAAGAGUGUGCACAUUAUCUGCUCUGUGAUGAUUUUUGCUCGCUUAUCAACGGUUCGCUGCAGCGCCACGAAUUUUUUGAGACUUUCAUAGGAUGGAUAUGUUGAAAGGACGCUGUGUUGGAAUACGAAACAAAUCUUCUUGGCAGGGGCGGUUCCAGAUCAUCGUUUUGGGAGCUAUUUUUCUGUGCUUACAGGGUGAGAAGCAUAAGUUAGCGCGCCACACUGACGUGUUUUUGGAGUGAAUUAAAGAUCGCGGAUUUAUUCGUAUGGUUAUUUAGAGCAUGCGUGUUGCAUAUCAAUAUCUUCGGCGAAAUGGUGAGUACACUGUAACACUUAAUGCGUCCACCAUGCGCUUAUUGUGUCAGGCUUUAUGAAGAGAAACAUUCCCCACAGGCACUCCAGACUUCCACCUUGGAAUGAAAACUCGUUGAAACAAAUCAAAUGGUGUUUUGUUCAUCGAUGUUGGAAAACGAGUUUCCGAGAUAUCUAGGGUGGGGAGACACACAGCUUAUAUUUGGUGUAGAACCGAAUAUAUACAUAAAACACA